AUGGCGGCUCCGGGCCACCCUCCCACCCGCUUCCACCGCGUGCACGGCGCCAAUGUGCGCCUGGACGCCUCGCGCACACGGGCCACGCGGGUCGAGAGCUUCGCCAACGCGCUGUGCUUCAGCCACGAGCCGCUGGCACCCGGGCAGAUCUUCCUGGUGGAGAUCGAGGAGAAGGAGCUGGGUUGGUGCGGGCACCUGCGCGUGGGGCUGACGGCGCACGACCCGCAGAGCCUGGGCACCGUGCCCGAGUAUUCGCUGCCUGACCUGGUCGGCCUGGGAGACACCUGGGUGUUCGCCAUCACCCGCAGUCACAACCGCGUGUCGGCCGACGGGCAGGAGGAGCCGGCCCCGGCCCCGGCCCCGCUCUGGGAGCCCGAGCUGCGCAUCGAGGGCGUGAGGAUCCCCCGCGACAAACUGGUGGGGCGCAGCCGCCCCGGACGCUACAGCCAUCUCCUGGAUGAGCUGUACCGCACCAACGUGCUGCCUCCCACCGCCCUGCGCAGCCGCAUCGGCGUGCUGUACGCCCCGCGGCCCGACGGCACCGCCGACAUGCACAUCGUCAUCAACGGGGAGGACAUGGGGCCGAGCGCCCGGAGCCUGCCCACCGCGCGGCCGCUCUACGCUGUGAUUGACGUCUUCGCCUCUACCAAAAGCGUCCGUGUGAUCCAGGUGGAAUACGGCUUCCCUUCCCUGCAGACGCUCUGCCGGCUGGUCAUCCAGAAGCACAUUGUGCACCGCCUGGCCAUCGACGGCUUGGAUCUGCCCCCCAUGCUGAAGCACUUCUGCCAACACGAGUGAGGAACUGAGGUGCUGCAUGGCCUGACAAGCCCCCAGAGCAUGCCAGCGACUUUGUGUGAAUGGGUACAGUUGGAGCUCUGAGCACCCAAUGUAGCUGUAGGUGCCCCUGUUGUUUGCACAGCCUCGAUGGCCUUCAAGGGUCCUUUCAACUCAAAUUGCUGUACGGUUGGGCUCGUGCCCACUCACAGAAGAGAGUGAGUAAUAAAGCACUUCAAGGCACA